GCUGAAACAUCCAGUGUUACAGGAAGAUCAUGACAUAUCAGAAAACCAUUGGGAUGGGAAGGAAAAUAUGAAGGAAUUUCAUGUCCCUUAAAUCAUGGCUUUUGCAGGAAAUCAUCAUAAUCUUCAAACAUUAGAGUCAUACAAGCUGUGUGUCAGAUGUAAUAAGUGCUGUAAAAAACACAAUGAGAUUUCAUACUCCUAUAAGGAGAUCAUCCAUAACUGCUCAGAAGACAUCUUACUGAUCAAGCGGAAAGGUAGCAAUUCAUUGUGGAGGCCCGUUGCUCCCCUGCCAGACUUCCCCAGACCUUUCAAAUAUGUUGUUUGCUGGUACUUCACUGAAGAAAGUGGAUGCACACAGCAUGGAAGGAAAUGUACCUAUGCUAGGAGCUCAGAAGAAGCAGCGCUGUGGAACGUCAUGAAGGAUGAAAACCUGAUAAUUCCUAAGCUUGUGAAAAUGAUCAAACAAAACCAAAGGACACUGCAGUCAAAGUCUCAAGAGAAAAGAGGACAGUUUGACUGCACAUUGUGCCAGGUCCACAUCCCAAACGUUGAGGAUCUGAUGAACCACUGUUUCACUGUGAAGCACAGGAGACUGAUUUUUGAAGAUACCUCUCAGACUUGGAAGUACCGUGAUCCACCACCAACAUACAAGGACCAGAAAUUGUGUGAAAGAUCCCUGCUAUGCGAGUAUGGUGAUAACUGCACAAAGGCACACAGUCAAGAGGAACUUCGUGAAUGGCAAAAAAGAAUCAAGGCUUCACGGAAAAGAGCCAGGGAUGUAGACGAGAUGGGCCUACUGUCCUAUCAGGACAGUCUUUUGGAUGAAUACAGACACAGCAAUGACAAGAAAAUGAUUGUCAGCGACACCCUUCCUGAUGUUUUUAUCACCUGUGACCCAGAUUUAGACAGUGUCUAUGUAAGGAAAAAGGGAAUACAAUGUACAUGGAAUCUUACCAUUAUUUCGAAGGAUCCUCUAGUAGUGAUUGCUUUACUCAAACGGGAACUGGGGGCGAAAUUCAGCCUCAGCAAAGACCCCAAUGAGGAACGGUCAUAUUCCAAUAGUGAUUGGUUUAAAAAGAACCAAACAGAGUAUGAAAUCCCAGUGUCCUUCAGAUCUGACCAACCAGGCCUUUAUGAGCAAUGGGUAGUGUUUGACUUCAACACGAGACCCAUACUGCGUCAGAAACUCAAGGUCAGAGUUGGCGAGGAUGAAUGUAAGGGCCCAGAACCAGAGUUUCCACUAGAAAAACAAGAGACUAUCAGGAAUCUUGAGCCCUGGAAUAAGGAAAGCCUGAAAAUCAUUCCUUUUGUUAAAAGAGAAGAGGCAGAGAGAGAGCUGCUAAACAGAUACCAGCUCAUCGUGAUAGAUCAGAUGAACAGUUCAAUUAACCGUGAGAAUUACAAACACAACAUGCACAAUUUUUUAUAUCAGGAGGAAAAGGUAGAAGGUGAACUGCUUAGCAGUCUGAAUCUACGAGGGACAGCGCAGUUGGAAAAAUACCUGUCUGAUGACAGGUUUGGAUUGAAAUGUGCUUAUCCCGAGGCUCUUCUUGCUGCUGUGCCUCUGUCUCACCCACUCACUCCUGAUACUCCUCAAGGUUUCAUAGUGAAAAGACAUGCUAUCAGAUCUCUUGUUCGUGUUGUGAAAAAUAAUGAUUACCUUGGGCAUACUUAUGAGGCCGAAUUUCUGAAAGAUGCUGCCACUGAGACACAAGUAAUUUUGCAGCUUUCCAAAGAAUGCUGCACUGAUCUGAAUCUGCAAAAAGGACAGCAGUGUGAGAUGGAAGUCCAUUUCCAACUAAAUCGUCUAUGGUUCUGCGAAAUGCACAAGGCCAUUGAUGAUCUCCCCGACUUAGACAAAGUCUUACCUGAUCUGAAAAACAGCAACUUCUGUAUAUCUUCCCAGUCAGAUACAGAACUGUUAAACGAGAAGCAGCAAGCAGCAAUGAACUUUGUUAUGAGUGUAACAGACAACAAAAGCAGCAUCCCACCGUUGUUGAUACAUGGACCUUUUGGAACAGGGAAAACUCGAACCAUUGCAAAGAUGGCCCAGGUUCUUGUGCAGCAACCACAAAACAAAAUAUUGAUUUGCACACACACAAACAGUUCUGCUGAUCUUUAUGUAAAUGGUCAUUUUCAUGACUAUGCAACUGUUCAUCAUGAAGCCAAACCUUUGAGAAUCAAGGCAAAGGAAAGCAAUCCCAGAUCCACUGAUCGCAUCACUCUACAGUACUGCCAUUUAUCCAGAGAUGGCACUCAUUUUGAGUUUCCUGAUAAAGCUGUUUUAGAUUCCGCAAGAAUCGUCAUAACAACAACUUCCCUAGCACGUUUCUUCCAUGACAUGAAGCUGCCUGAAAACUACUUCAGCCACAUUCUGAUCGAUGAAGCUUCUCAGAUGUUGGAGUGUGAGGCUCUUAUGGCACUGGGCUUAGCAGGUAAAAAUACACGUGUUGUUUUAGCAGGAGACCACAUGCAGAUGGGACCCAAGCUCUUCUCUGUGAAACAAGACAAAUGCUCAGAACAAACCCUGCUCAAUCGCCUCUUCUAUUACUACCAAGCUGAAAACAGUGAUGUGGAACAAAUUCUAAGUGUCGUUGACAUUGUGCAAGGAAUAAUGGAGGAAUGGCCUCAAGAGUGGGGUGAUAAAGAUCCAGAAUCAGUCUGUGUCCUAUCUCAAGGCAGACAGGUGUUGGAAAUAAGGCAAAGACUGCGUCAGCUUAGACUGCCCCGUUUCACUGUGGAGAAUGCCGAAAAUGUGCAAGGAAAACAGUUCAGAGUAAUAGUGAUUUCCACUGUGCACACCAAGGACAGUUUAUUGGAGACGGACCGGACCUGUCUUGAGUUUUUCAAUGACAUGCGAGUGCUGAACACAGUUAUGACAAGAGCCCAAUCUCAAAUAUUUGUUGUUGGAGAUGCAGCUGCACUUUCUUGCCAUCAGUUCGGUACAUGCUGGAGACUAUGGAGAUCGUACAUAGAGGAUUGCAUCAACAAGGGAAGUGCCCAUGACUUUAACUUGGAUUCUUUGAAACAAGAUCUCCUUGAGAUAUCUGAGCUCUGCAGAAGUGAGGAUGAAGAGAGCAGCGAUAGUGAAUCAACUACAUCUGAAAUAUCAGACCUAGAAGACCCAAUACUUCAAGAGCUUCUUGAUGAGAGCAAAGACAUCAACAUUGCAUUGACAGAGGAAGGUUUGUUUCCAGUUUUUCAACAUGAGCAAUUUAUCAGUAGUGUUAGCAACCAAAUUGCAGAAGUAGAUGAAGAGCAAUUGUUUACUAACUCUACAACACAUAAACACUGUGAGCUGGUCAUGGAUUGUUUUGAUCGAGCUUAUGCUAAACCACUUGACGAGCCCUCCAUAAGAAUCGAGAUCAAGGGCAGAAAAAACAUUGGACAGGCAUUUCCUGGAGACAAGGUAACAGUGGAGAUCCUGAGUGAGAUAUCAAAUCCUCCUACGGGGAAAGUAAUCAACAUCCUGGAAAGUGCGGAUACUGUCAAAGAAUUUGUCUGCACCCUUGAAAGACAUGACAGUCAAGUGAUGACACCUAUCAACAAAUGUAUCUCCAAAAUCUACACACCAUUCUGGAAAGACAAACCAAACCACAUUGCUGUAAGAAAUCCUAAGAACCUCAAAAUAGAGAAAUUUAUCAAAAUAAAUGAGGAGAGACACAGAAAAUAUCUCUUUGUUGUCAAAGUCCUUAAGUGGAGGAAGCUUUGCCGAUAUCCCUUGGGCAUUGCUGUGGGGCUGUUUCCAGAAAUAACAAAUUUGGAUGAUGGAUUGAAUGUACUCAACAUAGAGUUUCAGUUGAGAAGGACACUUUCUUCAUCUUUAGAAACACAGAUGCAAGACUUUCAAAGUCUUAAUUUAUUUGAAGACAGGCGAAGAGAUUUUCGCAUGCUCCCAACAUUCACCAUUGAUCCUGCCGAUUCACAAGACCUUGAUGAUGCAAUCAGUGUAAUGGAUUUAGGUGAGUGCUAUGAAAUAGGAGUUCACAUUUCUGAUGUUGCUAGCUUUCUGGCUAAAGGCAGUGAACUGGACAAAUAUGCAAAACUGCUGUGUACUUCAUUCUAUCCAUGUGGAAUGGAGCCAAUACACAUGUUCCCUAAAGAACUGAGUGCCAAUUUCUUCAGUUUGAUUCCUAACCAUGACAGACGAGCAAUCUCCUUGAUAAUACAAGUGGAUACUAAGACAAACUGCAUAAAGAAAAGAUUAGUUUGCAAGUCUGUCAUUCACUCCAAGAGGAAGUUUUCAUAUGAUGAAGCUGAGGACAUCCUUGAAAACAAUCGUCAGCAUUAUGACCUGCUUGAAAUGUGCCUUUUGAAAGCAUGGAACUUUGCUGAGGUUCACAGGAAAUACAGAAAGCAGGACGACUGGUGCUACAAAAUGCCAGACGAGGACGUGACUCUUGGAAGAAGGCGAUCUCACCUAAUGGUGGAAGAGCUGAUGAUCAUGUUUAACCACACAAUUGCUGAACGCCUUCUGUCUGAUGAAACAACAAGGAGCUUAACUCCACUGAGAUGCCAGAACAGGCCAAAAAGGGAAAAGCUUAUUGACCUUUUUGACAAAAAUGCUUCCUUGAUUCCACUGUCUGUUCGCUUCUCAAGUAGAGCUCCUGAGAGUGUAUACGUGUCUCAUGAACUGAAUAACCAAGGUUUGAUCCACCACACAGCCAUGCCAAACCCUCAGGCUGAGAUUUCUGAUUCUGAAACCAUCCCCAUAUUAAAAUCUGUUUUGAGAUGCUUGAAGACAGCAGCAGAGCAGAAAAAUAUCUACAAAAUAAUUGACUUCAUUGCAACUGAUGAGAUUCACCCCCAACUUCUUCCUUUUGCUACUGCAUUUAGGAGACUGUGUCACAAAGCAUGUAUUCUGCGAUCAAACUCGACACAUGUCUCAAGAAUUGGGCACUAUGAUUUAGACCUUGACAGCUAUACUUGGGCCUCAUCUCCAGUCCGCCGAUAUAUAGAUGUUAUUGUGCAGCGCCUUCUUCAUUCUGUGAUUGACAAGACCAAUGUUAGGUACACAGCUCAUGACAUUGACCUGUCUUGUAUGGAAUUUUCCAGGAAAAAUGACCAACAGUCAGCAUAUGAGAGGAAAGCGAAUGCUCUACAUUUUGCAUUAAAACUCUCAACCCAAAGCGAAAAGAAGGUGGCAUACAUUGUGGAACUCAAUCCGUCAGGGACAAACUUCAGAUUAUCCUUCCCACUUAACAGAACCUCUAUAUCAGAAAACUUAGACAUUAUGUACAGGGAUCUUCAGUUGGCAGAUCAACCAGAGUUUGAUGAAGCAAACAACUGCAUGAUCUUGAAAUGGGUGCGAAGGAUAUAUUCAUUUUCCAAUCCUCACAUCCUUGCUGAAGUGAAACAACAAAAUCCAAACUCAGUCAUGGCCUAUGUCUCUACAAAGACCUGGAAAUGCCUAGCAGCUGCUCUUAGAGAGGAAAAUUGGGACAUAUUGUUUCCCCUGAUUGAGAAGCUUGACGUCAGCUCAAGAGUCCAUGCAAGACAAUUCCAGGAAAGACUGAGAAAUGCUAAAAGUUCAGAAAAAUUUGAUCCCAUGCAUGCUGAGCAUUAUGCCGAACUGUCGCUGAAAAUAAAGCAAGGUGAGGCAGUCGAGGUGCAGCUAGGUACAGCCACUGCUCGAGGAUUAAUGACACCAGCAAUUCAGCUGUUUGUUGUGCAUCCAAAAUUUGAGAUUUGUUUGGAGCAUGUGAAAGAUCCAAUCAAGUGUUUUUCAAAAUAUGCAUUCCACUCAUCAAGGAAUACAUACAACUCGUACAUGGAUUAUCAGGCAAUAUGGAAACCUUUGAGUGAAAUGGAGUCAGCCUCCAAUGCUGUGUCUGAAAAUGAGAGUAUUAUUAUUGAAGAUGCAGUCUUGAAAUGGAAAACCUCUCCUCAAAAGACGCAUGAGGGGUUUUUUCUCCUUCCGCUUGACAAAAAAUCCCAGUGGUCUAUUGAAUGUGACCUUAGGAACAGUUUCCUCUGCAUUCGAACUAAGAUUCACCAAAGUCAGAGUAGUCCCUUUCUGGAAAACUCUCAGUGCACAGCUCUCAUGGAUAUUCCUUCUAUCACUUGGGUGGCCCAUGCCAUAAUUACGGAAGUUGAAGAAACUGACUCCAAAGAACCAAAGAAUUUACAAAUUGAUUUUCAGAUUAACCACAUGCCUAUGACAAAUAUUCCAGAAGCCAUAUUCUGCGAGAGGACAAGAUUUACUCUGGAGCUGAUUCCAAAGCUUCUGCCAGAUGUGCGCAAAGAGGACGCAAUUAGCAGUCUAACCAAAGCCAACAAACUCGUAAAAGAUAUCGCCAUGGGCAGGAAAAUCAACUCUGAAGGAGGAUGCAACAUUUCAAGGCAGACGACAGCCAGAUUUGAGAUUGAAAAUUAUCUCCCUUCUGGGUUUUCCCAUCUAAACAACAGUCAGUGCAAAGCUAUAAGAGAAGCACUGACCAACCCAUUCACUCUUAUCCAAGGACCACCAGGGACUGGAAAAACUGUUGUUGGUGUCCAUAUUGUGUACUGGUUGCUCAAGAAUAUCCAACAGCUUCCUGCCACCAAUUCACAGAAGAAGGGAGCUGUUCUGUACUGUGGCCCCUCAAAUAAAUCGGUUGAUGUUGUUGCAGGUCAUCUCCUAAAACUUCAAAAUCAACUUAGACCUCUCAGAGUCUACAGUGAUCAGAUGGAAAUGUUGGAAUUUCCUUACCCAGGAUGCAAUCUGAAGCUGUCACGCAAUUCUAAAAGAGGCGAAAAACCCAACACAGAGCUCAGUUCCAUUGCACUACACCACCUGAUUCGAAAGGAUGGCAACCCAUAUUCCACACAAAUAUUUGCUUUUGAUAUGAAAAUUAGAAGAGGAGAUCAAUUUACUGGUGAAGAAAAAAAACUCUACAAAGACACCCUCCAAAAGGCUCGAAAACAUGAAUUAUUGCAGCAUGAUGUCAUCUUGUGCACUUGCACAGCAGCCUCACACCCUGCCUUAGCUAAAGUCCUCGACUUCAAACAGAUCAUCAUCGAUGAAUGUGCCAUGGCAACUGAACCUGAAGCCUUUAUUCCCCUAGUGGCUCACAAGCCUGAGCAGAUUGUUCUUCUGGGCGAUCAUAAGCAGCUGCAACCUGUAGUCCACUGUGAUGUGGUGGAGCGAUUGGGAAUGAGCAAAUCUCUUUUUGAACGUUACAUGGAGAAAGCACUCAUGCUUGACACUCAGUACAGAAUGCAAGAAGACAUUUGUGAAUUUCCAUCUAAGGAGUUUUAUGACGGAAAGUUAAAAACUAAAACAUCCCCCAAACCAAGGCUCUUCCUUACUAAGUCAAGGCAAACAUGCAUAGUUUUCGGCCAUGUUGAAGGAAAGGAGAAAAGUCUGGUGGUCUCGACUGAACGGGGAAAUGAAAAUUCAAAAGCAAAUUUGGAGGAGGCAGAAGAAGCGGUGCGGAUCGCCAUUCUUUUGACUGAGGCUGGAAUAAAGACAAAGGACAUCGCCAUUCUCACGCCAUAUAAUGCUCAAGUGUCAAACAUUAGGGAGUCCCUGAUUGAUAAGGGUAUAAGAGACAUCACAAUCAACACCAUCAUGAAAAGUCAAGGAAGUGAAUGGAAAUAUGUCAUCAUGUCAACUGUGCGCUCUUGUCCCAAAUCUGAUAUAGAAGCACAACCAACCAAAUCCUGGAUUAUAAACCGACUUGGAUUCAUCAUGGACCCACACCAAGUGAACGUGGGCAUUACCAGGGCACAAGAAGGCCUGUGCAUCAUUGGUAAUGAGAACUUGCUGCGCUGCAGCGUCUUGUGGAGAAAACUUCUGGAUCAUUAUAAGGAGAACGGAUGUGUAGUGAAUCCCGCCAGGAACAUCCAGGUUCAAAAACCCACUAGAAGUCUGGAAAUGAAGAAAACUGCCAGAAGAUGAUGUGCUUCACGCAGUGUUGUUUUUGUAGCUGCAUUUGCUUUAUUUCUACCUGUGUUAAAUGUGCACUUAUAUACUCUACAUUUUCACAUUUAUGCAUUAUUAUUGUGACAUUUUUUUUCAUCGGGGAACAUUGCACCUGUUGGAUAUUGGUGCUAUACAUUAAUAUCAUAAAAUAACCACUCUUGAAUGGCACUUUAGUAUAUAUUAAAUUUUAAUUACAUUUUAAAUAUUUUUCAUUUUUAAGUCCGUUUCUUGAAAAUUAGAUUGUAUUUAUCUAUUUUAGUUUCAGAAUUUUUGUGACGUUUCAAGUUUGCAUUACUCAACCAUAAAUUAAUAAAGGAAAACAUUUUUGCAUUACAUCUGUUUAAAAAAAAACUCAAUUCUGUAUAUAUAAAUGCAAAAGAAGACAAAGUGACAUUUCUGUCCAUGUAACUAUGAAAUAUAGAAAUUAAUGACAUUUUUAUUCACUCAAUCUUCAAAUCAAUUUCACCACAACAGCACCACUAGACUAUGACUAGAAUGCAAUGUUAUUAUUUGACCACUUAGUGGUGCUGUACUAGCAUAGAAAGCAAAUCAUGAUGCAAUUUGCAAUUAGUAAGCGUGUAUUUUUUUAGAUGUUGUUGAAUAAUUUGUAUCACAUUGUUUUCUAUUGUCUAUGAGUGUAUAAUUGUAAUGCAAGAAACUGAAUGUUCUGUAUUUAUUUGUUUACAUGUAUAAAGAUGUAUCUGUGAAUGAAAUGUACCUUCUAAUUUAUGUUCAUUGUGCAGCUCUUUACAUAAUUUGCACAACAGUCGAUACAGGAGCUGCAGAAUGUAUUUGGAUGCUGAAGUCACAAAUAAAAAUGUUUGAAUGUGAUUGAUUAGAUCUGUA